CGGAAGAUGCCUAGGAUGAAGAAAGUGUCCAAGAAAGUAGAGAAGAAAGAUGAGGAAGCAAUGCCGAAAUUUGACUUGGGUCUGGAUUUUAAUGAAAACGUGGUAGAGGAUAGGGAGCAAGAUCAUGGACACGAGGAAGUUGAGGAACAGGAUUCUGAGAGAGCAGAUGUCGUUGAUGGGAUGGUCGAAGACGAUGUGGAAUUGACACAGACCGACAUGUUCAAGGACAUUGAUGGCACAAUGAAUACGCAAGAACUGGUAAAGGAGGUGGAUUUGAUUGAAAAAAACAUGAGGUCUGGUAUGACAGCGCAAGAGGACAGGCAAGAGGAGCAACAUGAUUUCCAGAGCAUUGAAGAAAUUGGAGUGCUGGAUACACAGCAGCUAUGUGCUCAGGUUGAUAUCAUUUGUGAGCAAUUGUUGGGCAAUAACAACAAUGUUCAAGGCAGUGAAAUGGAUGGUGAAAAGGAUAUGCAGGACAGGA